AUGAGGAUCGCAGCUCCAGAGGACCAUCCCGAAUCUUUUGCAGAAGUGAGGAUCGUCGUUCACCUUCGAGGCAGUCCGAUAUGCGUUAGAGACGUAGGAUCACCGGCUCCUCGCUCUCCUCCUCGCAGACAAUCGCCACAGGGAGAGCGGAAGCUUAUCGAUCCGUCAAUCGUAUGUUUCUUCUGUGAGGCUAAUCAUUAUACUGCAAACUGCACUACCAUUAAGAGUCUCACGGAUUACGCGAUACGCCUUGCCGUGUUUGCGAUUCAGAUGAACAUCACCCAGCACUCUGUCCUUAUCGUUACUUUCUCGUUCGCGAUUGGACCGGACGUGAAGACAUUCUUCAAAGCUAUGUAUUUCCUCUACGAAAACUACUACAUUCGUCAUCCAAAGCCAUGA